AUGGGAAACAGCUCAAGCUCCAACACCAAUCUUAGCAACCCCAAAAACAGACUUCUAGAAGAUCAUCACCAUCACGACAAACUCAAGACUUUGACCCCAAGAAACCAAACCCAAAAUCACAACAGCAACAGCAACACAUCCCGGGUCUCUUUCCUCAGAUCUCCUCUGCCGUGGCUUUUCAUCUUCCUCUUUUUCCUCCCUUUGCUUCUCAUUUCAACCACCGGAGGAGGCGGACGCAAAACAUGCCGUCCUUCUUCCACCUAUCGCUUGUCACUUCCCGAACAAACAAACUCUUCCUCCGUUGGUAAAGAGCCCGAGGAGGAAGAACAAGACGUCGAUGUCCCUCCACGUGUCCCUGCUCUUUACCCUCGGCGACCAAGGAUGUUCAACACGACGCUGGAUCACGUCGUAUUCGGGAUCGCCGCGUCUUCGGUUCUGUGGGAGACGAGGAAAGAAUACAUCAAAUCAUGGUGGCGACCAGGUAAGACACGUGGCGUUGUCUGGAUCGACAAGAGAGUCCGAACUUACCGUAACGAACCUCUUCCCGAGAUCAGAAUCUCCGAGGACACCUCACGUUUCCGGUACACGCAUCCGGUGGGAGACAGAUCGGCGGUGAGGAUAUCACGGGUAGUGACGGAGACGCUACGGCUAGGGAAAGAAGGCGUAAGGUGGUUCGUGAUGGGGGACGACGACACGGUGUUUGUGGUGGACAAUGUAGUCAAUGUCCUCUCAAAAUACGACCACAAUCAGUACUACUACGUUGGUAGCUCCUCGGAGGCUCAUGUUCAGAACAUCUUCUUCUCAUACUCUAUGGCAUUUGGAGGCGGUGGGUUCGCUAUUAGCUACCCUCUUGCCCUCGAGCUCUCCAGGAUGCAAGACCGUUGUAUCCAGCGAUACCCUGGUCUCUACGGCAGCGACGAUCGCAUCCAAGCUUGUAUGACCGAGCUUGGCGUACCCUUAACCAAAGAGCCUGGUUUCCACCAGUACGAUGUUUAUGGAGACCUGUUGGGACUGUUAGGUGCACAUCCAGUGGCUCCUCUGGUGUCGCUGCACCACAUUGAUGUGGUGCAGCCGAUAUUCCCGAAGAUGAAACGGUCACGUGCGCUCAGGCACCUGAUGUCGUCAGCAGAUCUUGACUCAGCCAGCAUAUUCCAGCAGUCCAUCUGCUACGACCAGAGCCGGUUCUGGUCCAUAUCGCUCUCAUGGGGAUUUUCCGUCCAGAUAAUUCGAGGCAUCAUUUCUCCUCGAGAGCUCGAGAUGCCUUCGAGAACGUUCCUAAACUGGUUCCGCAAGGCCGACUACAUUGGUUACGCUUUCAACACGAGACCCGUGUCGAGGCAUCCGUGCCAGAGACCGUUCGUGUUUUACGUAAACUCUGCUAAGUACGACGAAGGACGUCGCCAGGUCAUUGGUUACUACAACUUGGACAAGACAAGAAGGAUUCCCAGCUGCCGUUGGAGGCUCGAUUCUCCUGCUAAAAUCGAUUCCGUCGUCGUUCUCAAGCGACCCGAUCCCCUCAGAUGGCACAAGUCACCGAGGAGGGAUUGUUGCAGAGUAUUGCCGAGUCGGAGAAACACAACGAUGUAUAUUUGGGUCGGAAAUUGCGCAGACGGAGAGAUCAGUGAGCUCGAGCAUCCUCAACAGUAA